UCUUUGACCUUGAAGAAUUCAGGCAGCACGGCGCGGGACCACCUGGCGUCGGAGCGAACAUUUUUGGCGUAUGUGCGGACGAGUCUGGCGAUGGCGUCGGCGGGCGUUGGUGUGUUUCACUUUUUUCCUUGUGCUUCCUUGCCAAUGACGACAUGGGCUUGGAUAGCUCUUGUUCAGCUGUUUAAAAUAUCGGAAAUAUCGAGCACACCAGAGAAUAAUUUUCAAAGCAUCCGAAAGUUUGCGCGUCCAUUGGGGGCGACGACGGUGUUGCUUGGGUUGUUUAUUUUAUUUUUCGGCAUGGUGCGAUAUUUUAUGGUGCAGGUAGCCCUCCCGAAGGGCCUUUUCCCUGCAGCUCGUUCUUUGGUCGUUGGAAUCACGUUUAUCCUCGCCGUCCUGAUCACCACUACGUUUGGUGUUCUUUUAAGUGAACGAGGAUCA